CGGUUUUAUAAUUAUCUUUUGUACAGUUAAACGGUUGGCUCGUUAAGUUACUAUAAUAUCAACAGAUUGUAAAGAGCAGUGAUGAUGAUACACUUCUGUAAUAUUAUAAUAUUAUAUAUAAUAAUAUAGUCGUGACUACAGAUCAAUGGACCGACGACUUUUUGUUUUAGAUUUAAUACAUAUCUACGUUACUAUUAUGACCACUGUAAACUUACAGUAAUAAUUUAGGUUGUGUAAAAAUGUCUUUCGAAAACAAGACUACCCAAAUCAUGAUUUUACAAUUGGAAAAUGAUAAUAAAGCCAGAAAUGAAUUUCACGAAGGCGGCGAAAAAUGCGAUAAAGUUUGGGUUUAUAUCGACGCGUGCAUUUUAGGUUAUGGUAUUUAUAAUAAAAGAAUGCUCGUGUUGUACAUACCUUUAACAUUGACUUCGUUGUUCUGUACCACUUCGCCGUCGUUUAUAUUGCCGGCGGUUAGAUGUUACUUCGAUUUGACGCCUUUGGAAGAGGGUUCACUGUUUGGAGCUGUUUAUGUAGGUAUGGUUUCGAGUGCUUUUGUAUGGGGUUUUCUCAUUGAUACGCUGGGAAGACAAAAACUAUUAUUCUAUGGCAUACUGUUGAGUGGAAUUAUGGAGUUUCUUUCGGGACUCGUCCAAAGAUUUUGGGUGUUAGUUAUUCUCAAGUUCUUCUGUGGAGUCGCAACAUGUGGUCCGUAUUCUCUCGGAUUUACUUUUUUGUCUGAAUUUUAUGAUAAAGAACAUCGAGAUAAAAUCGUAUUGUACGCAGGAGGAUUUUCGUCGUUCGCUUUUGUUUUGCAACCUCUUGUGGCGUAUUUUUUGAUUCCAAUGGAUAUAAAUUUUCAAUUUUUUAAUGGAAGUUUAAUUAUUGAUAAUUGGAGAGUGUUCUUGAUGACCUGUUCAGUCAUGGUAUUUCUAGCUGCAUUCUUAGUUUAUUCUAUGGACGAAAGUCCUAAGUUCCUAAUGGCCGUCGGUCGUCAUAAAGAAGCUCUAAAUGUGUUUCGAAAAAUAUAUUCACAAAAUACAGGCAAUCCGCCGGAAUUGUAUCCCAUUAGCAUUUUAAGAUCAGAUAUAUCAGAAGAACAAUCCUUAAAAUCUAUGCCAUCAAUAACUGUAAAAAAGUUUAUAGAAAAAGGAUGGAUACAAAUAAAACCUUUUUUUUUGCAACCAUAUUUAACCCCGUCAUCAUUGACAUUCUUGUUGCUAUUCAUGACAAUGUUAACAUUGAACACCUUUCGAUUACGACUGCCAAAUAUGUAUGCAACAAUCAUUGCAGCUAAAGGCGACCAUACUACAGUAUGCGAAUCCAGGACUUCAACUAAUGUUACUUACACUGCAGCUUGUAAAGGGACUCUCGCUCUAGUUGAUCCAGAAAUCUACAUCAAAUCUAUGAUUGUCGGAUCAGCAGUUUUUAGUAUGUUUUGGGUCGCCAUAUACAUAACAAAAUACAUGGAUAAAAAUCAUAUAUAUAUAUUUUUUUCAAUAUUUGGUGGACUUGGUAUUUCAAUAUUUCCAUGGACAAAUGGAAUCGUCACCUUAAUUUUUUCAGCUAUUUACGUAGGCAUAAUGAACAUAAAUACGACGCUAGUAAUUAGUAUUAUGGCUUCGGCUGUUCCUACUACACUAAGGUAA